UUCUAUAAAUAGUGGAAAGCGGUUUCCAGUGAAAGUGUUCAGAAAAUGGAACGGUAUCUUGUGGAGAACCAUAAUAGACUGGUGUUGGACAGUUUAGAACCAGGUGAUUUGAUAGCAAUAAAGGAUCACAUAUUAUAUUCUCAUUGGGCAGUAUACGCUGGAAAUGAACAGGUUAUUCAUAUGACUGGUAAUGGACCAGAAGGAGUUGUUGCUUCAGACUCAGGCCACUCAUUUUCUAUAGCUGGUAAAUCGUUUGCCAAAUGUGUAGUAAAGAUCGAAAACUUUUGGAAGGUUGUUGCCAACGGAAUAGCUAAGAAGAACAACAAGAAAGACGAGGAAAACAUGCCUUUCAGAGGAAGAGACAUAGUUAGAAGAGCAUUAGAUAUGAUAGGUCCUAUUGAAUACAAUUUACUGUGGCAAAAUUGUGAACAUUUUGCGUCUUGGUGUCGAUAUGAUAAAAAAAUGUCCGCCCAGGUUGACAAAGUUAAAGCUGUGAGAACAUUAGUUGUAGGGAUCGUGGUAGUUGGAGGAUUGUUACACGAAAUAUUAAAAUUGUUCAAAGACGAUGACUGAGAUAUACAAGAUGGUACAUAUGUUUGCUGGUUCAUCACAGAUACAUUUGGACAAGGUUUAAAGAAUACUAUUGCUGACCAACAUAAUUUAGCCAUAUCCAACUUUAGUUUAUUUUCAUUAAAUUUGAUAUAUGUAUCAACAAGAAUUAAAGUUUUGAAAUAAG